GACGACUGAGAAGCGCACAAGUGCCGCACAAUAACAUCCGGCGGAUCUGCAGAGUGGACGGGAGUGAAGCUGCAGAGACAGCGGGGGUAUGUCGGUGCUGAUGGUGUUGACUCGUGAAUCAUGAGUGAAGCUGCCCUGGAGGAGGUUUCGGUCUUGUCGUCCAUUUACUGCGGAGAAGGAGAGUUCCAGCUCUUGCAGCAGUCUGCUCAGGAUGGACUCCUUGUCCAAAUUAACAGCACUGCCCUGGGAUCGGGCAGAGACACGAGACUGUUGUUCCAUCUGCACUCGUCUUACCCCUCCUGUCCCCCCGACAUCUCUGUCUCCUCCACCGCUCUCUCCAGGACCCAGUGUCACAACAUCAGACAGAAGCUACUGGACCAAGCUGCAGCUUUACCACCAGAGCCAAUGGUUCACCAGCUCGUAGAGUGGUUCCAGGUAUCCAGCUCAACUUAUUCUGCGGUCAAUUCAGUCUCCAGUCAUUUAGCGCAGUGUGUGGAGGUGAAAGAGGAGCAGAGUAGAGGUGAAGAGGAGGGGACAGAGAGUUGGACUGCAGUGCUGUCAUUGGACCACAUCCGAUCGAGAAAUCGUUACAUCGGGCUCCUGGAGCGCUGGAGCCAGCAGCUGCAGCUGACUGUGAUUUUAUUACUAGGGCGACAUAUACUGGUUAUUCUGCAGGGAACCAGACCUGGCAUCAAGGAGUUUUGUCACCUGUUGAAGACAGUAAAGGUGGAUGUGGAUUCUUCAGGCAAGAAAUGCAAGGAGAGGAUGAUGAAGGUUCUCGUUGAAACCCCUUUGUCUUGCUCCUAUGAACACGGUCUCCAGAGAUUUGAGGUGAAGGAUUACAAGAUGUUACCAGAGCUGAAUGCAGCCUUCCAGGAACUCCACAUGACAGAUCUUUAUGAGCAGAUACUGCCGUCGUUGGGUGACUCGACAGCACACAGGUGACCACAGUGAAAAAUCCAGAAUGGACAAGCAAAGCCAGGAAGCCACAAAACGGGCAUCAUGUAUCAUUGAACUUAAAAAUUAAUUUUUAUUUUUGUACUUAAGUACAUUUCAGAGCCUGUGCUUUCUUUCUUGAGU